AAAAAUUGGCAUAAAACAAUUCGUAAAGGAAAUAUUACUCACAGAUAUUGACUGAAUAUGUAUGGAAAAAUAAACUCCAGGCCUAAUUAACUUCAAAAAGAAUUUAAACAUUUUACAGAACAUUGUGAAAGAUUACCUAUUAAUUUAUAAAUUAUUGAGCUGAUGGGAUUUUUAAAGAGUCUUGUUGAAGGACUGUUGGAAUAUGAAACACAGAAAGUGGUACAAAUUCAUUCAAAGAAAAUUGGAGUCACAUUUAGACUUAUACAAUUAGGAAUUAUUCUCUAUGUUGUAUUAUGGGUGAUGAUCUAUGAAAAAGGUUAUCAAUCAUUUGAUCAAGCAGUGAGUGGAGUGACUGCCAAAUUGAAAGGUGUCGCUUUUGCCAACGUGACUAAUAAUCCAUCACUUGGAGCCACUGUUUGGGAUGCGGCUGAUUAUGUGAUACCACCACAACAGAAUUCAGCAUUCUUUGUGAUGACUAAUUUGAUUUAUACACCUGGACAGACAUUGGGACACUGUGAAGAAUCGCACGAUGUUUUUGGUAAUAGUUGUCAUAAUGAUUCACAAUGUCACUCUGGACAGUUAGUUCAACGUGGUAGUGGGAUACAAACAGGUAAAUGUGUGAAUUCUACAAGGCAAGCGAAUUUACGUGUGUGUGAAAUAUAUGGUUGGUGUCCUACAGAACACGGCGAUAUUGCGAGACCUCAUUUAUUAUCAUCAGCUGAAAAUUUCACAGUAAUACUGAAAAACAGUAUCGAAUUUCCACGUUAUCGAAUAAAGCGCAGAAAUAUACUUAAAUGGAUGAGCCGUUUAUUUUUGAAAACUUGCUUAUAUAAUCCAAAUGAUGAUAAAUUGAAAUAUUGCCCAAUUUUCCGUCUCGGUGAUAUACUGAAAUAUUCUGAUCCAGUAAACAAAGAUAUAUGGGAGACUGGUGGUAUGGUAUCAAUUCACAUUGAAUGGAAUUGUAAUCUAGAUUUCGAUGAGGAGAAGUGUUUACCGAAAUAUGUAUUUCGUCGAUUAGAUGACUUUGAGAGUAAUGUGGCGAAUGGAUGGAAUUUUCGAUUUAGUCAACAUUACAUUGAUGGUGGUGUACGUAAACGUAAUUUGAUUAAAGCUUAUGGUAUCCAAUUUUUCAUAACAGUGUAUGGAACUGGUGGUAAAUUCAACAUUUUAACAUUUUCAAUGAACUUUGGUUCUGGAUUAGCACUACUCGGUAUAGCAACAGUUCUAUGUGAUAUGAUUAUAUUGAAUACAACAAGAAAACGUAGUGUAUAUCGAAAGGCUAAAAUUGAUUAUAUUGCUGAAAAACGCCGUAAACAACAAGAAGAAGAGCUGAAGAAUAAGUGUAAAGAAAAUGAUUUUGAUACAAUGAAAAAUAACGAUAAUAAAACGUUUGAAUUGAAACUUUAUCCCGGUAAUUAUCAUCGUGACGAAUUGAAUACUGAUAAACUGCGAAUUUAUGAUCGAAAUAGUUUAUCAAUCUAUGAUCCUGUUUCACACCCCAUAUGGGUAGAUAAUAAUAAUGAAUGUAAAAAACGAGAAAUGCGUAAAUGUCAUUUACUUAUUUCAAAAAAUGCUCAACUUUCUUUAGAUCAACCAAGUUUUCUUGGAUUUCAUCAUACUCCAUCAACAUCUUCAUCACAAAUUAUCAACAAUAAAAAAGAAUCAAAUAGUGAAAAUAAUUUAAAAAAUCGAAUAACUAAUCCUUUAAAUGAAUGUUUCACUUCUAUUCCUUAUAGAAAUGAGAAUAAUAAUAUCUCUUUUCUUAAAAAGAAUACUACAUCAAUCAAUGAUCUUAUUUACACUACAACUAAGCAUUCAAUACAAAAUUCAAAAUAUAUUCAAUGUGAUUUAAAGUCAACACAAUUGUCAACAUUUAUGAAAGAGUCAACUUUGAAAGCUACUACUACUACUACUACUACUACUCAUACUACUAAUAAUACUACCAAUACUGAAAUUGAAUUAUUAAAAACUAUCUCAACAUUACCAAAGUGUUGUACAUCAUUUAUUAAACCAAUAAUUAAUCCCCAACCAAAUAUUCUUAUCUACCCAAGAAAAUAGAUUAGAGAAAGAAAAGAAAAGACAAAAAAAGGUCAUACAAUCUAUUACAUGUAAGAGGGUACAAAUUGUGUUUUUUUGUUUUUCUUUUUGUUCAUUAAAUGAUUCGUUAUUCUGUUAUAAGAAAUGAAAAAGAAACGAUUUGGAAGAGUUAAAGAAUUUAAUACACUUUGAUCAGAUACUUCAACAAUGUUUCUAUUUUUUUUUGUUUUUGUUCUUUUUUUUGCUUUUUGAAAAAUGAAUAUUUAUUUGAACGAGGAAUAUUCUUUUCCAAUAAUUUCUCAUCGGGUUCUACAAUUAUCAUAUCCAAAUUAAUAAUCCAUAAAAUUGACCAGGCUUAAAGCAGAGUACAUUAUUAUCAUUAUUGUUAUUAUUACACUAGCUAACCUUUUUGAGAGAUUUAUUCAGUAUCCACACCUAUAUGCUAAUUCUUGCCUAAUUCAUAUUAUUCUAUAUAUUACGUAAUUUCUGAUCUGUAAUCACAACAUUCUCUCUCUCUCUCUUACCCCAUGUUGACCAUAUUUAUUCUGAUCAUUAUUUAUCACACAAUUUCAUUUCACUUAUAAAUUGAUUCAAGUUAACACUUCAUAUAAGUCAGCUACAACAUUAACGAUUUGACUUGAUUUCUAAUGACAAACAAUCCUUAAUUCACAUGUUACAGUCUUAAUUGAUGUAGUCUACCUAAAAAUUAGCCAAUUUUAUGGAUUAUUAAUUUGGAUAUGAUAAUUGUAGAAUCUGAUGUAAAAUUACUGAAAAGAAUAUUCUUUGUUCAUAUAAUUGUAUUUUAGUAAAAUGGGAAUAGUUCAGCGAAUAUUUAUUCAAUAAUCAAUGGUUUUAUGAUGUUUUUAAUCAUGUUUUCAUCAACUGGGAAAAAAGCACACUUUUUAUUACAUAACUAAAUAUUUUAUAUUUUAAAUGGUUCUUAUUGUUGCUGUUUUUCUCCUUUUUUUCCUGCUUAACCUAAUCUAUCAUAAUGUGUUAUUGAAUAAUCUUCAAUUCGAUUGUUUUUUAAUCGAGAGAAAAACAAACAAACAAACAACUUCAUUGUCUGUUUUACAUCACCAUAGUAACAUACAAAUAUUUCUCAAGUUGUAAAUUUUAAUUUUUUUAAUGAAUGGACUUGACAAAUAUUAAAUGUAACUAUAAUUCAUAAUGAAUUAGGAAUAUGUAAAUUAUCAUUAGCUUUGCUUCUAUUUACUUUUUAUUUUAUGUCAACAUAUUCUAUUUGGGAUUUUUGGUUAAUUAUUUGUUGUUGUGUGUUCUUACAAUGAAAUAAACUAUAGUUGAU